AUGAAAACGAGUGUUUUUCAUCAAUCCGGAAACGAAGCGUCAUUAGAAAAUUGUCCAUGGCCAGUUGCAGAACUGGAAAAUGUGAUAACUGAUGUGGAAGCUCUAGAAGAUUCCGGAAAGAAAUAUAUUUACUCGGAUUUGGGAUACAGUCAUGGCCUCGGAAAUCUAAUGUUCCAAAUCGCGGGUCUCUAUUCAAUUGCUCAGGAAUCUGGAGCAAUUCUUCUGAUUCCAAUUUCAACUUCUCUGCGAAGAGCAUUCGAUUUUCAGACUAAUUUCAGUGAUUUUAUACAGUUUGUAGAUCCACAAGUAACAAAGAGGCUAUCCAACGAUUUGGAAGCAACAAAAAUUACAAUGACUGUCGAUGAAUUUCUAGAAAACGUCGGAAUAUCGCUGACUGUGCGAAGUGCUCGGAUGAUUGAGACAAACGUAGCGAAUGAUGAUCAAGCAUUCGAAAUGCCAGAAGAGGAUGCAUUUGCCAAAACAAUGAUCGUCGGAGUCCACAUUCGACACGGAAUGGACAUUUCAAUGAAUUCGCGAAACCGAAAACAUGGUCAUGUGGACACUCCCAUCGAGUAUUACCGGCGAGCGAUUCAGCAGAUUUCAGGAAUUUAUGAUAAUGUCGCCUUUGUAAUCUGCUCAGAUGACGUGGCAUGGGCCAGAAGAAACUUGAAACUUGGAAAAGAGACCGCCCACUUCUACUGCCCUGGACCUCGAGAAGUCGAUAUGGCAAUCUUAUCAUCGUGUGAUAGUGUGAUAAUGUCAACUGGAACUUUCGGAUGGUGGAGCCCUACUUGA